AUGACCGCAGUACGAACUCUAUUUCAACUUCAACGAUGGCUUGGCAUCUGGAAGUGGCAGGAUGAAAAUGAUACCUGGAGCUGGAUGAAGCGCAUCUACCCUUUCGUAUUGCACCUGCCAUUGACUUUCACCCAAAUUGCGCUGAUGUGGCUUGAGGUCAUAACCUCCACUGACUUGGAACAGGCGGGCAGAGUGAUGUACAUGUCGCUGACACAGCUGCCAUUACUCAUUAAGAUCAUCAACAUCUGGUAUAGGCGAGAGGAAGCUUACAAUUUCAUGGAGGAGCUGGAGAAGUUUGUUGAGCCGGAAGAUGUAAGGUUGCUGGAACGCGAGGAACGUCACUUUGGACGCAUCUACUACUCGUAUCUUGGCGGUGCCAUCAUUGUGGCAUUAUGUGGUUUCUUUAGCGUGUUCCUGCAGGAUACAUAUGAACUGCCCUUCGGCUACUACGUACCCUUUGAGUGGCAGAAUUCCCAGGGCUACUUCUAUGCUUGGGGCUACAAUGUAUUGGCCAUGACUGUGUGCUGCCUUUCCAAUACCCAACUGGACUCGUUGGGUUGCUAUUUCAUGUUCAAAAUUGGUCUGCUCUACCGCAUGCUGAACAUCCGGCUGCUGGCCUUGCAACACGAGUCGGAAACAAAGGCUCUUCCAGAGUUGCAACACGUCUUUCAGCGUUACACGAGAGUGCGUCUUCUUACCCGGCAAUGCGAGCUCCUCGUGUCUCCUUAUGUGCUCUCCCAGGUGGUGCUAAGUGCCUUCAUUCUCUGCUUUAGCGGCUAUCGUUUAGUUCAAAUGGGCUGGCAACAGAAUCCGGGUCUCUUUUUGGCCACUCUGCAGUUUGUGGCCGUGAUGAUCGUUCAGAUCUUUCUGCCUUGCUAUUACGGCAAUCAGUUAACCGUCCAUGCGAAUCAGUUAACAAAUAGCGUAUUCAAUACCAAUUGGCUGGAGUAUUCGGUGCAGACGCGCAAGGAACUCAUCUGUUACAUGGAGUUCCUCAAGCGUCCUGUCAAAGUACGUGCUGGCAUCUUCUUUGAAAUCGGUUUGCCCAUUUUCAUGAAGACCAUAAACAAUGCUUACACCUUCUUUGCACUGCUGCUCAAUCUAUCAAAGUAA